CUUGAGUCACACCAAUUACUCCUUCCUUCACUCCCACUCAUCUUCUUCUUGAGUCACACCAAUUUUUAUUGAAAAUUUGAAGAAGAAGGAGAAGGAGAAAGAUGUACGAGGCACAACAACAUUUUGUAGAACUACAGGACAAUGCAAGUGGUUUUAGGAAUGGGGACCCUAAUUCAUGGCUUUCAGGGGAUCCCACCUUAUCCCCUACUCACCGUCGGAAUCACCCUUCUUCCGUUGCCGGCUCCAAUGUCGAUCGCGACCUUUUCAAGGACCUCGUCGAGAUCGUCCCUCUUGUUCAGUCUCUUAUUGAUCGUAAAGCAAACAGUUCAUUUACGCGUCGUGGCUCAAUGAUCUACACUAAGACGCCUUCUAGGGUAUCACUAUCCAAAAAGGUGUCUGACCUAAAGGGGAGGAAUGCAGCUCAACCUAUUCCAACUAGAAAGAAAAGGGAGCUGGGAGAGAAGAAUGGUACUAAUAAUCCAGAAGCUGAGGGCUUUUCAAUUUUUUCAUCAAAGGGUUUGACAGCAGAUGACAGAGAAGAGUUGGAGCUACUGAAGGGACAGGUGGAAGAUCUGCAAAGGAAAUUGUUGGAAAAAGAUGAAUCUUUAAAAUCAGCAGACGAUUUGAAGAACCAAAUGAGUGCUAUUUAUGCACAACUUGAUAAUCUAAAGCUUCAAACUUCAGAGAAGGACUCUUUCAUCAAGUCUACACAGCAACAACUCUCUGAUGCAAAGAUUACACUUGCGGACAAACAAGCUGCACUGGAGAAGAUACAGUGGGAAGCUAUGACAUCCAAUACGAAAGUGGAGAAGCUCCAGGAAGAGCUAAACUCAGUGCAAGGGGAUAUUUCAUCAUUUAUGUUACUGUUUGAGGGGUUGCUGAAAACUGAUCCUGGUCAUUAUGCUGAAGACUAUGACAUCUCUCCCUGUAAUUUGGACAGUCUUCCUUGUAUAGAUGAUUUGGAUGAGAUGGAAAUGCAUAAAAUGGAAGAAGCUAGAAAAGCUUACGUGGCUGCGGUUGCUGCUGCGAAAGAAAGAAAAGAUGAAGAGUCCAUUGCUUCUGCUGCUCGUGCAAGGUUACACCUUCAAGGAUUUGUUUUCAGAAAAAGUUCAGUUGGGGGGAUGCAAUGAGUGCUGUUUAAUGAGGUUUUACACUGGCAGCUUUUGGUAAGAACAAGUUCACACAUUGUUUUAUUUGUCGAACAAAGUGAUAUGUAUUGGUGUGUUGUAACAUUGUGCAUGAUUAAAUAGGGUCACAAAAUGUUAAAAAUAGAAAAGAAAAAGUGUUGCUUGUGUAACCUGUGCUACAUUGUGAAUCUUAGCUAAGCUAGCCAAACUGUUGAACCAGCUUCAGUCUCUGAUUACUAUAUAAGCAUUUAGCGAAAAUAGGUUUAGUAAAGUCUUGUUGAGUUGUCUAAGACUGACAUGGGUUUUAACAGUACUCAUAAGUGCAUGGUUGUAACCAAUGGUUGUAUGGUUACAGUUGGUAAAGGGUAAAAACAAAACACACACACAUUGUCUCAAGUUGCACCUUGAAAUAUGAAAUGUGACAAACCGUACACUGA